AUGAUAUGGAAGGCCAUGCUCAAUGAUAGCCCUGAGCAAAAGGUACUCCAGGAAAGAAGCCGCGAAAAGAUGCGAAAGCAUCUCAAACGGCCAGAGUUGAUUGAAGCUCUCACUCCGGAUUUUCCAGUUGGUUGCCGGCGUACAACACCAGUUCGCUACCCUUACCCCAUACUGCAAACGGUAAGCAAGAUCACUGAAACCAGCGUCAUUGGCGAAGAUGGAACCGAAGUAGAGGACGUGGAUGCUAUCGUCAUGGCCACUGGGUUCGAUACGACGUAUAGACCUCACUUUGAUGUCAUUGGCCAGAACGGGAUCUCCCUGCGAGACAAGUUUACCCCAGAUCCAGACUCAUACCUAAGCAUGGCUGUACCUGCCUUUUUUGGCCCUACAUUCCCUGUUCUGGCUGGUUCGGUCACGGCAUCACUGACCGCUAUUGCCGACUUUGCGAUCAAGAUGAUCAACAAGAUACAGGCAGAGAACUUGAGGGGAUUGGCGCCUAAGCAGAGCGUCACAGAUCAGUUCAACACGCAUGUGCAGACAGCGUUGCACGGCUUUGUAUGGAGCAAUGACUGCAAUAGCUGGUAUACCCGAAGGGAUGGACGCGUGACAGCUGUAUGGCCUGACGUGGUCAGCAGUCCGCGAUGGGAAGAUUGGGAGAUUACUUACAAGAACCCCCACAACAUGUGGGCGUAUCUAGGUCUUGGCUUUACAAAGACCGAGCGGGAUCCGAAGGCUGAUAAAGCGCCAUACCUAACAGUCGAUUGUCUUGACCCAGCAUUUUAUAAUUUGGCGUCCACUCCAUUAUUCGAAGGAAAACCCCCGACAGCGGAAGAGGCGCGCAAGCGCAGCCUAACUCAGCCGCCAGGAAUGAAAAAUCAGCGAAGUGUGGUAGCAGAUCACUGA